CAAUUGUUACUUCUAAUGUCCAAUUGUGCCAUGUGUGUUUUUGCAAAAAUCUCGGCAUCGAAAAAGGCCCUUUUCUUGUCAGUCUUAAGUUAUACAAUUUUACCACAAGCAAGCCAAUCUAAAAUUUUCGCUGAUUCAAACUUCACUCCUCUCUAUAGAGAACUACAACAAGCAAGUUCUGGCUCCAGAUUUUCAUCCAUAUCUGAGUACCACCUGUCACCAACAAUGUUCAUGAUUGGCACUAUUCACCUCACUACUCUACAUCAUGUGUAGACAAUAUUGUGCACCCCAAACUCUAAUAGGUAUCUUGUUUUCCCCCAGCUCUUUUUGGUUGGGGAUUUUUUGUUACCAUUAUGCAAUGUUGUUGCAAUUUCUUGUAUGCUCUGAAAAUGCACUGAGCAGGCAAGGCAUCCUUCUUAUAGCAAAUAUGUUCAAUGACCAUAUUUUGCUGGUCAAUGUUAAGAUCAUGUACACCGUGUAACCGUGCCAAGGCCACAGAGUGUCUAAGUGCGGAAGACGAAUGGGACAGUAGUGAAGUUAUUAACAACACCGCCGUUACGCCGUUAGUCCCCGGAGAGCGAGAGUAGAGAGAGAGG